UGCGCGGUGUCCAUGGAGAUGAUGAAGAUGUCGGCCACGGCAUACGGCGGAGAGAGCUCAGGGAUCCCGUUUCUGGGCAGCGGCGGCAUCUCGGUGACACCGACCCUGUCGUGGCUGCCGGACAGCGUGCUGCUGGAGGUGCUGAGCUUCCUGUCCGUGCGAGAUCUCAUCCGGAGCGCCCGAGUCUGCAAGCGGUGGAAGAGGCUGGUGUUGGACAAGUCGCUGUGGAGACAUGUUGAUUUAACACCAUAUAAGCUAGAUUCAAAAAUACUCUGGAACCUAGUGAGGCAUUGGCUUGGCACCAGCCUGAAGACUCUAAAAAUCAAGGGACUUCUGUUAUCCAUGAAGAAACAAGAGUUCCUAACCCCCGCCAUCCUCCAAGUGUUGGAUAAGCGUUAUCCCAGCCUAGAAAACCUCCACUUGGAGGAGACGCACCUCCGUUCUCUGAGCUAUGACUGUCUGCCUUCCACCUUGAAAACACUGGAGCUGACCCAGUGUGAGAUCCCAAUGACCUGGUUCAAAUCAUCACCCAACAAAAGCAAAACUCUGCCAAAACUGGAGACCCUCAUUCUGAACAAUGUGUCCUCUUUUUCAAGCCAUCAUUUGGAAGCCAUAUGCAGUCAGUCAGUCCUAAAGACGCUUUACCUUGUUGGCACCUACAGAGUCACUGACAUUGGUAUUCAGAAAGCAGUUCCCUAUCUUAAAGGACUCGAGCACUUAAAACUGAAGACUUGCAACAUAACAGAUAUUACGUUGCACUUGAUUGGAUGUCAUUUGAAGCACUUACGGACUUUAACGCUCACACAUUUCUGCUCUCUAACAGAUGCGGGUUUGAUUUGCCUGUCCAGUGUUAGGAGUCUGGAGAAGAUGUGUUUGGAGUAUUGCCUCCGCCUCACCUGGAACUGCAUCCUAGCUGUGUGUGUAAAUUUACCAGCCUUAAACUACCUUGACCUCAGUGGGAUCUCUUUUGAGGAUCAAGGUAUUGACAAGAUUCGGAAAAGACUCCCACAUUGCACUGUCACUAACUCCUUA